ACGAAAUAAAAUAAUGUUAACAUCCAAUCUUAAUCCAAACAAAAACCUUAUAAUCACUCCAAUGAUUAUGUCAAUUGAUGUAAGAUCUUCAAAAAGCAUAUAAACCGGUGGGGGUUCAUCCGCAGUCUUUCAUGUUCCAUUAUCCACACAUGAACAACGCAAUGAAAUCAUUGGAUGAAGGCAACCCCUGUUCUUCCUCACCUUCAAUUCUCCGAUCAAAAUCCGGCGAAAGAAGAUGGGUCGUUUACAUCAACGACAUCAUCCAUAAACACCUUAAAAACCCCAAAUCCGACAUCUCUUCCUCGAUCUUCAUCGUCCCAAAAUUCCUCAGCGCCGCAAAGCCACAACAUUAUACCCCGCAAUUCUUGGCUUUAGGUCCUUACCACCAUUUCUCUCAAGAACUUUAUGAUAAUAUGGAGCGUUAUAAACUUAUGAUUGCCAAUCAAAUCAGACACCAAAUUGAAUUUCAAUCCUUUGUGUGUCGGCUGUCCCAGCUUGACCUUCAUAUUCGUGGCUCAUACCACCGCCGUUUGGAUCUUGAUGCUGAUACUCUGGCUCUCAUUAUGGCCAUCGAUGCUCUGUUCUUGCUCGAGCUUCUUUAUUCACAAGUUCAAAACCAUGAUCUUCUCCGUCCUCUUAACAAAUUCAUUACUGUUUCGAGGUGCAAGAGAUUGAGUAAUGAUGCUGUUGUGCGGGACAUUGUGAAGCUCGAGAAUCAGAUUCCGUUGUUCGUUUUGAGAGAGAUUUUCGCGGCGGCGAUUCAAUGCGAGGCGACUGAAUCCGAUGAUUUGCUUGCCUCUGUUUUGGUGGGUUUUUGCAUUGAAAUUUCCCCUUUGAAUCUGACGGUGGGUCGUCGUGGUGUUAUCGAGUGUGCGCAUGUUUUGGAUGUUUUGUACCGCUUGAUUUUGCCGGAGAAUUUGGAAUGCUCCGGCGAAGAUGACGGCCCAAAGGAGCAGCCUGGGAAUAUCCAACAGUCGAGAUCUUUGAAGGGUAAUUAUUUGUGGUCGUAUCCUUGGAAUUGGAUGUUGGAUUGCUUCAAAAUAUUGAGGGGUUCUAAGAAAGUUUUUGAAUUUAUUGGACGUUUGUUGGACCUGCUACCGAUUGUCGGCGGCUUGGUUUCAUCCAUGGAAGAAAAUCCCGACAGAAACAGAGUCGAAAUCUUGAUAGAAGACAAGACGCCAUUAAUGGAAGCCGGCAUCAAGAUUCCGACAGCCUCCCAACUUUUAGACACCGGGGUCAGCUUCAAACAAAGCGCAAGCAUUAAAACAAUAAAAUUCGAGGCAGAAAGCGUGACGUUGUUCCUCCCAGUGAUCAAACUGGGAGCAAAUUCAGAAGUAAUCCUACGAAAUUUGGUUGCAUACGAAGCCAUGGCGAUGCCAGAUAUCUUGGCAUUCAGUCGCUACUUACAUCUAAUGAACAGCUUGAUCGACACCGCCGAGGAUGUCAAGAUACUCAAAGACGCAGAGAUCGUGGUGAUGAAUGGGAUGAAGAAAGAUGAGGAGGUUGCAGUCCUUUUCAAUGGGAUAAUGACGAGCAGUUCUAUGGGAUUGAGCGCCGCAAAAGAGCUGGACGAGGCCAUCAAUGGCGUGAACAAGUACUAUAAAGGGAGGCCGAAAGUGAAGGCGAGUAGGGCGAUUAAGAAGUAUGUUUACAGUUCAUGGAGGAUUUUAGCCUUGAUGGCUACGCUCAUGGUUUUGGGCUUGUUGGUUCUGCAAUCCUUUUGCUCUGUUUAUAAUUGCCCUCGUUUGUUUGGUACUCUAGAUAUUGGGGGAGAUAAUUCUUGAAUGCCUUUGGGAUGUAAAUAAAAAAUUAAUUUGAUUC